AUGAGGGGUGACUGGCGGCUGCUCGCCCUCGCUGUGCUCAGCGUGUACUUCCUCACAACGGUUUGCCACGCGUGUAAAAAGUCCAGGAAGAAAGAGUAUGUCAACAAGCAGUGCAGGCUCAGGACAGAGGUGAUCACCGGCUUUCCAGGCGGAAUCUCCGAGCACUCUCUGAAGCACCCAGUGUGCUCCAAUGUGUUUUCCUCUGUCUUUGAAACGGAGACCACCGUAGCCGACUGGUUGAUCGUUCUGGACCAGAAAAACAGGUGGGCGAUAUGUCCCCAGGGUCACUUCCUGCAAGGGUUCAAGUUCACAAAUCACGAGAAAGGCGUGUACGCAGUGGAAGAGGGAAGGUGUACAAAAUCGAAUAAGCUUCACGACGUAUACGGCGACUGUUACAACCAGCGCACAUCCAGCUCCAGCCACUGCCGGCGAGAGGGCUACUUCCUGGCGGGCAUCUACCGCGGCGACUGCUCCGGCUGGGGCUGUAUAUCUCAACUGAGAUGCUGCAAAAUGACCUCUGAGAUCAGUGUGGAUUCUGUGGAAGUGGCGAAGGACAAGGUCAUGGUAAGGUCUCUCAACGGACUGGCUCAGUUAGCCUCGUUUUUGGGCUACGAUGGGACCGUGGGAUGCUUUGGAGAUCAGCCCGGAGACAAUUUCGAGAAAGAUGGGUACUCUUGGAAGGCGAAGAAAUGUGCGAGGAACAACAAUCGCCAGCUGAAAAUCUCUUAUGGCGACUGGAAAAUCGGCUUGUCGGAUGUGAAGUAUUCAAAUAGGAAAACAACAGAACUCGAGCCGAAAACGAUCGACUCUGGUGUUUUGACCAACCCCCAUCCCACUCCAGCUGUGGAGAUCAUAACUAGACAUGACAAAAGUAUUCGUACUGUGACACAUUCGCUCACCAGUCACUGGAAGGUGGCUGUCACCACCGGGAUCAAGGUCAGCUACUCACCCUCAGAUGUGACAGGGGGCCUGGGGGGUGAGUUUAGCUUCAGCAUAACUGCGGAGGGUGGGGAAAAGACCACGGACGAGACGCAAAAUGUCCAGGAACAGUCCAUGGAGGUGACCAUAGAGAAGGAGCUGGACCCAUACACAGCGGCGCGAUGGGUGGCCCGGAUGUACCAGAUCCGGACCACACAAUACUACAGGGCGACUCUCCGCAUGGAGUGCACCGCUCAGUUGGAGGGAAAUCUCAAAAAGGAACGCAACUACCACAGAAGUUACGUUGGACGCAGUAAGUAUGGCUUCAAGUACCGCUUCGGCGAUAAAGACACGCCGUUUUUCGUCGCUGUCAAAAAGGAGAAAGAGCAGUGGUCGUAUCCGUGGAUGUGGGGCGAUUUGAUUGAACAACAGCCGUGGGUGAAGAACGUCGUGGGAUAUCUGGCCAAUCAGACGCAUUAUGAGUUUGUCCUGGAGGGAAAGUUUGAGGACAUUCAGGGCUACAAGGUUGAGAUGGAAUUUGGCAAUCACACAGAGCUACCACGUCCAGGGGUUGGUGCUGAUUACGCAGUGCCGAUGUUUGGCUUUGGAGAGAACGUGGGGAAGGGAGAGGACAAGGUGGUUGUAGCUGCCGCGGGGCCCCAUGACCCUCCGUCUGAUUUUCAGCCCGUUUAUGAUUAA